AUGACGGCCACAGACCAAAAUCCAACCCCACAACCGAACGCAGAAGACGCCAAAUACCGCAUAUCAUGGUCCCUCCCAGGUUCAGCCGAGCGUAACUCCCCCGCCAUCGCAGAAGCUCUUUCACCCAUGCUCACCUCUACCUCUUGCACAUCCUCUUCCCGCAAACCGCUAGUAUUAGAAGUCGCAUCCGGUUUCGGCCACCAAAUGCACGCCAUUGCAUGCCGUCACCCGUCAAUCCAGUUUCACCCAUCUGAAGCAGACGCAUACCCCCGCACCCGAAUCGACUCCACCAUAUCCUCUCUUCCCAACGUCGCAAAAGCAGAAUCCCUCGACCUACUCUCUCAGAACGACUGGACAACCCUCGUACACAACAUCUCCUCAGAGACUUCUGCCCCUUUACCAGGAGAAGAUGAGGGUCUUUUUGAUGGGGUGAUUGCAUGCAACCUCACCCACAUCGCCCCGUGGAGCGUGACUCAGAGUCUCUUCAGUCAUUUGGACCCAAGGUUAGGGUAUGCUACUCAACAAGGCUAUCGUAAUAUCCUGCAGAGGGAUGGCUGGAUUGCUAUCUACGGCGCAUUCAACGAGAACGGAGGGUACACUAGUGAAGGGAAUCAAAAGUUUGAUGCUGAGAUCAAGAGUCGAAACCCCGAGUUCGGGUUACGAGACGUCCAAGUGGAAAUGAUUCCCGUAGCAGAGAGGCAUGGAUUUGUGUUGGCGAAACGGACAGAGAUGCCUGCUGGCAACCUCUUUCUCAUCUUUAAGCUUUGGCCCGAUUGA